UGUAACACAGGAAAUGAAGACUGUCCUGUAGAACAAAGCAGCAGCGACAGCAGGGAGACACAAAGAGCUGCUCAAACAUGACAGGCAGAGAAAACCUCAUGAGACUUCUGCUGCUGUCCGGUCUGCUUCUAACAGUUGUGACAUGCAAAAAGGAUGCCGUGUUUGUGUACAGCAGACUUAGAGGUGAUGCCCUCCUGCCAUGUAUCAACCCGGUUUCCCCAGACUGCUCCUUGAUCACCUGGACCUUCUACAAAGGUGGCCGGGUGCGGUACACUGAGGAGGUCAUCAGGGGUCAGGUGAGGGCGGAGUCAGACAAGUCCAGCCGCAUGUCCAUCACAUCCAACUGCUCACUCAUCCUCCGUGAACUCAUUGUCGACGAUGCCGGCUCCUACGUCUGCGUGAUGCAUGGACAAGCCAUCACUGAUGUUUACCUCUCUCUCGUCACCAUCACUUCACCCUCCACCAUCACUGAACUGCAGCCUGGAGGAACCCUCACUCUGAGCUGUAUCCUCUUCACUUACUAUGAUGUUGGGAGCUGCAAGUCAUACUCCAGCAUGUUCAACCUCAGCUGGGCGGCUGAGGACGGUUCUAUGCUGCCCAAAGACACCAGGUAUGUGCAGAUUGCCCGCACUCGCUGUAACAUCACUCUGGUCACAAAACUCCAGGGGGAGGACAACAACAGGAAGUGGAGGUGUCAGGUCAAUGCAACAGAUAACAGCAGGGCAACAUUUCUGGACUUCACAUCUACAUUUUUGUUCCAACCUCCUUCCACUGCCCAGACUCUGAUUCCUUCAGAAACCAUCGACUGUCCAGUCCAGCUGCCCAUCAGCCGCAUCGUGCUCUGUGCCGCUCUGCCAGUCAUGGUGUUAAUUGUGGGAUUCUUCACAUGGAAAGGAGAUCGUAAGAGGGCCAAACUAGCUGCAGCUGGCACUGAACUUCAGGAGAUUAACUGACAGUUUGCCACUGUGUCUUUCCUUGGGUUAUUCUUUGCUUUCAGCAGGAUUUCUUUACUGUAUCUGUUUGAUGGCCCCGUUUUUAAGCCCCAAUCCCCAUGGAU